UGUUAGUGGGAAAGCGCACGUGAAUAAACAACAGACCGAGUACUACUGUACUCACUCGUAAAAAUCCAACAGAAUAGGCCCAAAGACCUCCACACUCGACUCGCCCAUUUCUCCCAAACCCAACGCUGUCAACAGCACCUCACCAACAAUAACGAAAGUCGAAAGAUGUUCCUGCGGGCUAUCGGACGGCCAUUGUUGGCUAGGGUGAAACAGACGACGGGGAUCGUGGGCCUUGACGUGGUGCCAAACGCGAGGGAGGUCCUGAUCGACUUGUACUCGAAGACGCUCAAGGAGAUCCAGACGGUACCGGAGGACGAAGGCUACCGGAAGGCCGUGGAGAGCUUCACGAAACACAGGCUCAAGGUGUGCCAGGAAGAGGAGGACUGGGAGGCUAUCGAGAAGAGGCUCGGAUGUGGUCAGGUCGAGGAGCUCAUCGAGGAGGCCCGCGACGAGCUCACUCUCAUAGGAAAAAUGAUCGAGUGGGAUCCAUGGGGUAUUCCUGAUGACUUUGAAUGCGAGGUCAUCGAGAAUGAUGCUCCAGUUCCGAAACAUAUCCCUCUGCACCGACCAGGUCCUCUUCCAGAGGAGUUCUACAAGACACUGGAGGCUCUUACUUCAGGCCCAAAAAAGGAUGAGGCUGCAGUCACCUCCAGUGAGUCACAGUCGAAGGAGUAAAAUGCUGUAUGUUCAUUGGGGAAAAUUGGAUUCCAGAGCUGAAUCUGUCCUCUUUCUUUGAUCAUAUUCUCCUGAUUUUGUUCUCAUAUUGCAGGAACUGUUUGCUAGAUGGAAUAGUUUCAUUUAUGGGGCAAGGGCUUGUAUCUUAAUAAUCUUCACUUGAAUAAGUACUAGAGCAUCUGUUAUUUCAAUCAACGUUCAUGCAUCUGUGGGAAUGAAAGUAGUUACAUGUUAAAGAGUUA